AUGGGGCCGGGCCUCGCGGGGGUCGGGGAUCUGGAGCCGGCCCCUCAGCGCCGCGGCCACGCGAGCUGUGCCAAGACCGGGCGGGCGGCGCCGGCGCACUCCGGGCACCGAGCCUGCAAAACGGGCCCCGGGCAAGCGGCCGGCCACCUCGCAGACGGCGGGCAGCAGGAGCAGCGGCCGCCGCCCCGGGGCGCCUCGGCCGACCCUCCGGCCUCCGCUCUCGCCCCGCUCCCGCCGGGGCCCCGACCCGAGCCCCGGAGGCGCUCGCUCUCCCCGGCCGCGCGACCCGGCGGUAUGGAGCCCGUCGCGGGGUCCAGGACAGCCGAGCCCGGCACGGCGCGGGAAGCCAGCGCGCGCUACGGCGACGGCAGGAAGAAGAUGGCGGCGGCCGUGAUGGCGGCGGCUUCUCACGCGCAGCUGACGCUAAUGGCGCGCGCCGGCCGGCGGGCCGCGGAUGGUGGUGGCGGCGGCGGCCCGGGCUCCACCGAGGGGCGGGGCGAGGCGGGAAGGGGGCCGGCCGGAGGCGGAGGCCGGGCGGGAGGCUGGAGGGAGGCGGUGGGGAAGGUUUGUUGUGCUCGGAACAUGGCGGGCGUCGGCGACGCGACCGCCCAGAGAGAAGGCGGCGGUGGCGGCGCCGACAUCCCGGAGAGGGAAGGCCGCGGAGAGGCGGAGCAGGCGGGCGGCGGCGGUCACGGGCCCCCGCCGGCGCCUCAGCACACGGAGACACUGGGCUUCUACGAGAGCGACCGCCGGCGGGAGCGGCGCCGCAGCCGCGCAGAGCUUUCAUUGUUGAGGUUCCUCAGUGCUGAACUAACCAGAGGGUACUUCCUUGAACAUAAUGAGGCCAAGUAUACAGAAAGAAGAGAAAGAGUAUACACUUGUAUGCGAAUACCAAGAGAAUUGGAAAAGCUCAUGGUUUUUGGAAUCUUUCUGUGCCUGGAUGCAUUUCUGUAUGUGUUCACCCUGCUUCCUUUAAGAGUUUUCCUGGCGCUGUUCAGGCUCUUCACACUGCCUUGCUAUGGCUUAAGGGACAGACGUUUGCUUCAGCCUGCCCAGGUGUGUGACAUCUUGAAGGGUGUCAUUUUGGUCAUCUGCUAUUUCAUGAUGCACUAUGUGGACUACUCCAUGAUGUAUCACCUGAUUAGGGGCCAGUCCGUCAUCAAGCUCUACAUCAUCUACAAUAUGCUCGAGGUAGCAGAUCGUCUGUUUUCAUCAUUUGGACAAGAUAUAUUAGAUGCUCUCUAUUGGACAGCAACAGAGCCCAAAGAAAGAAAAAGAGCACACAUCGGGGUGAUUCCUCACUUUUUCAUGGCCGUUCUCUAUGUCUUUUUGCAUGCAAUCCUUAUAAUGGUUCAGGCAACAACUCUCAACGUGGCUUUUAACUCACACAACAAGUCCCUGCUUACUAUUAUGAUGUCUAAUAAUUUUGUUGAAAUUAAAGGAAGUGUUUUCAAGAAGUUUGAAAAGAACAAUCUUUUUCAAAUGUCAAAUAGCGAUAUUAAAGAACGAUUCACAAAUUAUGUGCUUUUGCUAAUAGUGUGUCUAAGAAACAUGGAACAAUUUUCUUGGAAUCCAGAUCAUCUCUGGGUGUUGUUUCCAGAUGUCUGUAUGGUGGUUACAUCAGAAAUUGCUGUGGAUAUUGUAAAACAUGCCUUUAUCACAAAGUUCAAUGACAUUACUGCAGAUGUCUACAGUGAAUAUAGAGCCAGCCUUGCUUUUGACCUUGUUAGCAGUCGACAGAAAAAUGCAUAUACUGAUUACAGUGAUUCCGUGGCACGGAGGAUGGGGUUUAUUCCUCUCCCACUAGCUGUUUUACUCAUCAGAGUUGUAACAAGCUCAAUUAAAGUGCAAGGAAUCCUGUCUUAUGCCUGUGUCAUACUCUUCUAUUUUGGGUUGAUAUCUCUGAAAGUACUGAACAGCAUUGUCCUGUUGGGAAAAUCAUGCCAGUACGUGAAGGAAGCCAAAAUGGAAGAAAAGUUGUUUAACCCUCCCCCAACCAGCACUCCCAGCAAACCAUCCAAUAAAUCACAAAAUAAAUGUAAACCCUCUCAAGAAGAAAACCUGUCUGCUUCGGUCACCAGCCAGCCUCUUCAUCAAAAGGAAAAUGUCAUACCACUACUUGUGACAAGCAAUUCUGAUCAGUUUCUGACAACUCCAGAUGGUGACGAGAAGGACAUAACGCAAGAAAACUCUGAACUAAAACACAGAUCCUCAAAGAAAGAUUUGUUAGAGAUAGACAGGUUCACAAUUUGUGGAAACCGAAUUGACUGAUUUCUGUAGCUGCGUGUGCCAAAGAUGCAGAGUCCCGGGGCAGCAGAUGCUGUGCUACCAGGACAAACAGAUGCUGAAAAUGGCACUUAAAUAUUUAUUUAAGAACUUAAAUUAUUAAUGGAAAGCAAAUCUUAGUGUCCUUCUUCCAGUGAUGUGCUCUGGCUGAAGGUCAGGUCACGUGAGUCAGCCAACAGUGACCUCCAGCCUUGACUCCUUGGAAAACUUGACGGAUUAGGAAAAGUUCCUCCUGCUUGGCAAAGCAGCAGAGUCUCUCUGGGCCCGACAGGAGCAGCACGGACAUCACUUUUGCUUUGUCAAUCUGUGCUUCCAGAAGAUCGGAUUUUGACGUGAGUCCUCUUCAGUAUAAGGAUAUACCUGGAAAACUGUGAAGCUCUUAGCACGAUGCUCCCUUUCCAGCCUCACUCUGUUUCCACAGUUUUCAAACGUCACUUCAUCUGCCAAACCAUUAAAAAUAAUAAUAGUAAUUAAACUUAAGUCAAGAUAAGUGUUCUUACCACCAGAAUAAUCUUUGAAGAUGUACCUGAAUUAAUCAGAAUAAAAAGCUACCUUAAAUAAGA